GUCGGUGUUUUGGUAGGUUCUCCUACUGCGCGUCCUCAUUCUCGCGGGGCUUUUGUUCGAGCGAGCCGGCAGAGGAAGUUCGGCCGUCCGAUCGAGGUCUUGAAGAUCAUGUCCGCUCUCUUGAUGUUGUGGCCCACCAUUGCACUCAUCGUGCUGUUGUCUCUGCCCAAUUCAAGUCUUUCUAGUUUGAAUGACUUGAUCACAAAUAGACGUGAGCAAAUUGUAGCUAAAAAUGGAGCAGUUGCAACGGAUGAUGGACGGUGUUCGAGAAUUGGGAGAGACGUUCUUCGUGAAGGAGGCCAUGCCGUUGAUGCAGCAAUCGCAGCCACUUUUUGCUUGGGCGUCGUAAGCCCAGCAUCGAGUGGCAUUGGAGGAGGUGCUUUCAUGCUGGUCAGAUCAGCAGCUGGAAUUUCAGAAGCCUUUGAUAUGAGAGAAACUGCUCCAUUGCUUGCUUCUCAGAACAUGUAUGCCAACAAUGCAACCUUAAAAGCAAGUGGUGCACUCUCUGUAGCGGUUCCAGCAGAACUUGCAGGCCUUCACGAAGCGUGGAACCGACAUGGAAGACUUCCAUGGAAGAGACUAGUAAUGCCGGCUGCCUAUCUUGCUCGAAGAGGAUUUAGAGUAUCUCCGUAUCUACAUUUCCAGAUGGUUAGAACAGAAGCCGGGAUUCUCGCCGAUGAGGGACUGAAAGAGAUAUUUACGUCAAACAAGAAGCUGUUGAAGACGGGCGAUGUCUGUCGCAAUAAGAAGUUGGGACGGACACUAGAAGCCAUUUCAAUACACGGGCCGGCGGCAUUUUAUAAUGGCUCUAUUGGGGUCAAGUUGGUUAGAGAUGUUCGAAAGGCUGGAGGGGUACUAACAAUGAAAGACUUGGAAAUGUAUCGAGUUAAGGUGAAGGAACCGAUCUCUGCCGAUAUCUUGGGGCUUAAGAUACUCGGCAUGCCUCCACCUUCAUCUGGUGGCGCUGGAAUGAUACUAAUUUUAAAUAUUCUUUCUCGAUAUGGAGUCCCUUCAGGUGUUUCUGGCUCUCUGGGGCUUCAUCGGGAGAUCGAAGCAUUGAAACACAUGAUUGCUGUGAGGAUGAAUCUAGGUGAUCCGGAUUUUGUAAAUGUAUCCAAAGUUCUUUCUGAUAUGCUCUCACCCAAGUUUGCCGAGGAGUUGAAGGCUACCAUAUUCGACAAUAUGACAUUUAAUCCUCCUUACUAUGGUGGCAAGUGGAACCAAAUUCAUGACCAUGGCACCAGUCAUUUGUGCAUUGUUGAUGGUGAGCGGAACGCUGUCUCAAUGACCAGCACCAUAAAUGCGUACUUUGGGGCACGGUUUCUGUCGCCAAGUACAGGCAUAGUGCUUAACAAUGAAAUGGAUGAUUUUUCAAUCCCCGGGAAUGGUUUGGCCAACAAUCCGCCGCCAGCCCCUGCAAAUUUCGUUAGGCCAUCCAAAAGGCCAUUAUCUUCCAUGACACCAACUAUCAUUGUCAAGGAUGGGCAACUGAAGGCAGUGUUGGGUGCAAGUGGAGGAGCGAUGAUCAUCGCAGGGACGAUUGAGGUGUUCUUGAAUCAUUUUGCAAAGGGAAUGGAUCCUCUUUCUUCAGUUAUGGGUCCAAGGGUGUAUCAUCAGCUGAUUCCGAAUGUGGUGCAGUAUGAGAAUUGGACAACGGUAAGCGGGGACCACUUUGAAGUUCCUGAUGAGAUGAGAGCUGCCCUACGCAAGAAGGGCCAUGUCCUACAAAGCCUAUCUGGUGGGACCAUUUGCCAGUUCAUAGUGCACAAUAUAGAGAGUUUGAAGGCCGUUGGAGGCGUUAUCUCUGGGGAACUCACCGCUAUAAGUGACCCACGAAAGGGCGGUUUUCCAGCUGGUUUUUGAGCUUGUAAGGCCAUCUUUCCAAAACAUGGACAUUGUUUUUGCGGCAUUGAUGGAAUGGGAUUAAACAAUUCUAACGUAGCUGAAACUUUAUUGAAUAAAAAUGAAAACAUUUACAGAAAAACAGAACUAUCUAGCGUAUGGCAAUACAUGAAGACCACCACCAUGAAAGGAAUGAAACCAUAGGCCCAGAUGCUCCUCACCGCAGUGGGACCGCUUCUUCUUCAGCUCUUCGAUCAAG